AUGGAUACACAUGCGCCGCGACAUGGUGGCUUCCGGGCCCUUGGUAUCGAGAGACUAUCUUAUAGCGUGCCCGAUUCAUUCUUCCCGUUGGAGGACGCGCCUGCGCCUUCGACCAGAACAAACAGCUCGACAUGUCCAGCUCAAACAUGGUCGAACCACUUCGAGGGCCCUCGGGACCGAACACAGCUGCGCGCCUGGUCACGCGUUGAGUGGCCAUCCAACGUGGCGCGCAACUUCUCCGGCCUCAUCAUGAAGCGCGUCGGCUUUCCGACUCCCUGUGACACGACAGACAUGUUGAUACCCGUGCCUGCGACACCUGAAGAGCUUGACGCUCUCGCGGAGGAUGGCAUGCCGAUGCGUCGCGUCGCCCGCCGGCUCAAUGCGUACGAGCCGUCCAACGAAGAGUGGCGGAUGGAGGGAAAGCCCUUGUCGAGCUUGGAGAUGACUGGACUCAAGAUGAUGGCGCAGGCUGAUGUCGUGUAUUGCCUAAGGACCUACCCGACGUCCACGACGCGAGCCGAAACACGACAGCGCCGAGCCGGGCACUACGUUCAGACCGUACCUCUGAAGCGACGAGUGGGGGCGACGCCAUGUGCCGGUAACAAGCUACGCACAUAUACAGAGAUCUUGAAGCUGCCAAAGAUGCCGCUUCAAUUUCGCGUGCCCGCGCGCCAAUUCAGCGUGUUGCCGAGCCCGAAGGCUACCAGUCCCACGCUCUCGCCUAUUGCGCUCUUCACCCCGAACCAGGAGCCCGUCACCCCCGCUGCUGUCAUGGAGCCGCCUCGCUGCAUGUCUGAUGCCAAGUCGCCGACAAAGAGAAGCCCGCGACACAAGAGCCCGCCCAUCAAGAACGAGGGGCCACCCAUUAGCGAGCCCGCCGUCAAGCUGCUGCCUGCGACCACGCCGAGGAUUGAGCCGUCACCCAUCAAGCCUGCGUCGCCUCCCCCCGCAACCCCGUUGGGUGGAUCUCGGCGCUUGCGUGGCAUACUCAAGACUCCGUCAACAUUCCCCAAGGCCAUGUCUAUCGGUACCGCGUUUGCGGGCAUGCAGCGCUAUUCCGGUAUUCGACGUGGCGGCGCAGCGACAGUGGGAUUCUCGCCUACCAAGCUCUUUGGCACGCCUUGCCCGGCGCAUCAUAGAAUUCAGUUUGCGAGACAGCCAUCGCCAGCGAAGCGCAGUGUCAUGGAGACACCGUCUCGACCUGUUGCUAGCAAGCCAAUGUCGCCUCGCAUUUUUGACAGCAUCUCGCAUACCGUCGCUGCCGUGCCAAGCCCCAUCGCUUUCGUCUCGACCGUAUUCCCAGACAGCCCCGCCAGGAAGCCGGUUGUCUUGCCCUCUUCUACGCCGCAAAAGCCGACCAACUUCGACUUUGGCACUGCAUCACCUGGCUUUAACUCAGUCACGUGGUUGAAUGAUGCCGAAGCGAUGCCACGUCCGCUGGCAAGCUUGAAGAAGGGCUCUCGAAGGCAAAGCGAGCCUCUUAUCCGUGGCUGCCUGAAGACACAGAAUCGCAGACAGACAAUGUCGCCGCGAAAGCUUGUGUUUCAGGCCGACGAGAUAUUUGCUCCGUCGGGCGGCCAGUCACGGAAUCGCAGACAAACACUGCCGCCGCCAAAGCUCAUGCCCCAGGGCGGGCAGACUUUCACUCAAUCGGGCGGCCUGUUCUCGCCAGUCAAGAGGACUGGUCAGACCAUGGCAGCUUCGUUUGGAGUGAUGAAGCCUGCAUCACCUGGAUGGUCGAAACUGCGCAACUCCCGCCGAAGCUUGGACAGAAAUACCUCGCGACGAGCCUCGAAUGAGGUUCUGAGUAUUGACAUGCGCCAAAACUCGGAUAUUUUUGGGUCCAAGCCUGUCUCGCUCAGCAUGUCGCCCAUUUUGGGCGCAUCACUCGCGAGCAUUGUCGAAAGCGGCCGCGAAAUGGAAGGCUCUGAAGAGCCUGCCGAUCUUCAACUGUUCUCGCCCUCUGUUGAGAUUGAGUCUCGCAGAGAAGCAGAGAAGACCCCGCGAGUUGAAGCCCCGGCAGUUCUCGAACAAGUAGCCGUCCAGGAUACCCCAGUGUCACCUAUCGUGGACAGUCCGACGGGCGGAUUGGGCAUCGUUGAAAGCCUGCCCUCAGUUGACUCGCCUCUGAUUUCAAUCGAAGAGCGCCAAGAGGUCGCCGAUGCCGAGCCUAGUGCUAUUGCACAAAGCCCGAGCCCGGUCACCUCUACUGCUGCUUCCAAGGAACAGAGGCUAAGCUCUAGCCCCACGCUGAACCUGUCGUUUACUCCGGUUAACAGCCGAAGUUCAAACGCAGGGGACGCAAGUGUGCAGCUAGAGGAGUUGAUUCCAGAAAGCCCUCUGACAGUCACAACAGAGAUUGUGGAAACUGUCACUGCCCAAUCCCACGAUUACGACAGCCCUGGACGCGACUACAUGAGGGAGUUUAUUAGACGCUCACGACCAAAGCGUCCUUCCACUACAGAGUCUGGGUCCCCAAUCGGCCUUUCGGUCAAGCGCCAGCCGCUGGGUCCUAAGAGCCCCAACACCGAAAGCCCGAGUAAGAACAAGCGCAAGCUCGAGAAAGAGCCCGACGAGCACGAGUCGCCUCUUAAGAGAACCUCGAACGCGUCACCCAAGAAGAUUCGACGCUAUGGCAAGAAUUUCAUCAAGGGUCCGACGGCGAACGAGGAGAAAGAGGAGCAGACUGAGACAUUGGAUGUCCCAGCUGCGACGGACUCUGCAGCAAACGUUCAUGGAGGGGACGAGACUGGGUCGGACAACCUAUCUCGGAGGUCCUCGCGACUGCGAAGCCAGACACGCCUGCCAUCGGCCAAGUCUGCCAUCCCCACUCCUAUCAAGAUUGGGUUGAACAACGGGCCUACGCUGAAUGCGGCGGUUCGCAGCGUGCAGCAGGACCUGACGAACCAGACGCGCAUGAACACGCGCAAGAACAGGGGCAAUGCCGAGUACCCUGCCCAGGUGCUGGCUAAGAAGUUGGACGGGAUGCAAGCGGAGCUCGACUUUAUCGAGCGCGAAUCCUCGGCCGAGCCGGAAGCACGCAAAUGCGUCAACUGGAGCAACCCUUUGGCCAUGUACCAAGAGGUCGCCCAGCAGAAGGAAGAGGGCAAGCCAAAAAAGGCCAAGUCCUCGACGGCCAAAACGGUGCAGAUGAGCGGCAUCGCCAAGCCGGUGACGCGCGCCAAGACGACGGCGGACAAGGAGCGUACUGCGCGCCUCGCCGAGCACUUUGGCAUGGUGUCCAAUGGCACGCCGGCGAAGCCCCAGCGGUCGACACGAUCACGCAUGAGAAUUUAA